UUGGAAGUUGGAAAACACUAUAACGUGAUUUAAACUUUUAAAGGUUAUUUUACAACGUUCUGUGUAAAAGGAUGUUUAAAACAUCUAAGAUUUUAUAUACUAAACAUGUAAUAAAGUCCAUUAGUGGGAUACAUUAAGAUAACAGUCUUCCCCUCACGUUAAAAGGGUAUUUUACAGCGUAAUACAACACGUGUUUGUAACUUCAGGAAUAAAACGUGAAUUUUGUACCUUACCUUAGUGUAUAAAGAUAAACAUAAAAAUAAUUUAAAAUGGAUAUUGUAAAUGAGAUCUUAGAAAAAGAACAAAAAAAAGCGGAAAAGUAUAAACCUAUCACUGUUGAAAAGCAUUUAGAGUUAGAACUAGAUGUCGGAACUCUGUUGGCUUUUGAUACAAAUGAUCUCGAUACCAAAUUGUUGAAAUCCGAUAGUCAAAGGGAUGCGUAUUUACAAUCUCUGGCCCGUGACAAUACUCAGCUGCUUCUUAAUAAAAUAUGGGAAUUGCCAACAGAGAGAAUUGAUGAAGCAAUUGUAGUUAAAUUACCACAGCCAACAACAGUUCUUCCACGAUCAAAACCAGUGCCGAAACCGAAACCUUUAACCAAAUGGCAAGAGUUUGCCAAGGCAAAAGGAAUUACUAAGCAAAAGAAAGACAAACUCAAAUGGGAUGAACAGUUACAGAAAUGGGUGCCACUCUAUGGUUUCAGAAAGGCAGCUGCUGAAAAAGAGAAAGAUUGGCUAAUAGAAGUUCCACAAAAUGUGGAUCCAAUGACUGAUAUGUAUGAAAAGAAAGCAAGUGAAAAGUCAGAGAAAGUUGCUAAAAAUGAAUUACAAAGGCUUAAGAAUAUUGCAAGGUCUAGGAAAGUCAAUAUUCCUAGGGUUGGGUUGCCUGUCACCUCUGAUAAAGCUAAUGCUACACAGCUGUCUACUGCAGCUGUUGUUGCAAAAGCUUCUACUGCUUCUCUUGGUAAAUUCCAAGAUAAGCUGCCAAAAGAAAAAGAAGCCAGGGGUAAAGGUGUUCAUGAACUGAUCCCAGGCAAAGUAAGGAAACGCAAUGCACCAAUACCAACACCACAGGUGGAAAGAGAAAAUAAUCUUAACCUCAUAGACAGGAUUCUGAACAAGAGACCUAAGAUUGAUAUGGAUAAAGCAGUAUCUAAACAUAUACAUAAAGAACAAGUACAAAGAUCAGAAGAAAAGAAAAGUAUGAAACCAAUUAAAGGAAAAGGCAAAGCUAAGGGUGGCAAUGUAACUAACUUCUCAGCUAAAAAGCCAAAAGCUGGCAAGGGCCAAAGGAAUCCAAACAAAAAGAAUCCAGGCAGGAAGAGGAGAUAGUUUUAGUUGAACCAUUUGGAUUUUAAGCUGACAAUGAAAACACAUUAACAUUUUCUUAUUGAUAUUAAUCAGCCAAUUGUAACAAACAAACAAACUCACUUUUCCAUAUAUUUUAAGAAGUAGUCACAUCUUGUAUAAAAAUUGUGUAUAUUGACUGUAGACAGUAUAUUUUAACACUAAAAUAUGAUCAAUAUUAUAUAUUUGGAUAUGUUAGUGUUUUUUCAAUGUUAACUUUUUUGUCAUAAUAUGUAUUCGAAAUAUAAUAAUUAUAGCAUU